GAUGUGUUCCUGGAUGUGGCUCUGACGAUGGGAGUGCCCAGGGGGAACAUACUGCUGGAGACAGAGGCCAUCAACACUGGAGACAACAUCUGCUUCUCCUACAGGCUUCUCAAGGAGAGAAACAUCCCAGGUGAGACUCUCCUCAUUAGACACACUGAUGGAGAAAACCACAUGGAGAACCUUUCACAAGAAAUGUCUGUUAUUGUUGUAGCGUUAUUCUACAGCUAGGGGGCAGGAGAGCACAACUGAAUCACUGGAACACAUUUUGGCCAAGCCAUGAUUGUAUUCCUAUCACAGGAGGCUGCUGAGGGGAGGACGGCUCAUAAUAAUGGCCGGAACGGAGCAAAUGGAAUGGCAUCAAACACAUAGAAACCAUUCCGCUCCAGCCAUUACCAAGAGCCCGUCCUCCCCAAUUAAGGUGCCAUCAACCUCCUGUGAUUCCUAUAUACAGUAUGCCUAUGUGUAUUUUUGGCAUGUACCCUUUAGUGGUUGUGGUUGUCAUGUCUACCUCAGCCAACAGGGUGAUCCUGGUCCAGCAGCCCUUUAUGGAGCGCAGGGUCUUUGCCACAUUCCUGCGGCAGUGGCCUGCCAUCGUUACCUCCCGCCAGAUGGGUGUCUCUGUCUACCACCACCCCAAUGUGGGCACUGCCAUGGAUCUCAUCACAUACAUGGUAGGCGGGUACUUUGUCCAUAAUCCCAGGACUUCUGUGUUGUCUUUAAGCCUUUAGACCAUGUAAGAUAAAUAUUUCUAUGGUAAGCCCACCUGUCAUCUUUCUAGUGCAGGAAUGUAUGAAGGCAUUCAAAAUCAAAUAUUCUAAAAGUCAAUAUUAUCCAAUUGCCAACCAUUUCACUUACAGCAGUGUAGAAACAACAGACACAGUAUGAUGCUAUGAGUAAGGUGUAAACUUUGUGUUCCAGGUGUUCUAGAGAGGAUCUGUGACUACCCACAGAAAGGUUUCCAGGUGGAACAGGAGAUCACACCCAGUGCUCUCUCUGCCUACCACUGGUUCCUGCAGGCUGGCUACAUUCCCAAGUGA